CGACGUAGGGGAGGUGUUUAGGUAUAUAAGGUUAUGUCUAAUGUUAUGUUUCGCAGAAACAUCUCCGAACCUCAUAAACAAUACGGUGUGUAGAGAACAUACUCGACAUUCAUUCAUAACACGUUGGCGUCGAAAUAACCUGCAGUAAAAUCAAUGUUGGUACAGCCCCAGCAUUGGUAGAAGGCGUUACCAAUAUUGACGUUCAGGUACUACUCCAUACUCCUCGAAUAAAUACGUAGUUAUGAAAAUGAUGGGUGACAGCAGUAAUAAAUUCGGAAUAUUGUUUAUGAAGAAAGUUUUAAAUUGAAGUGUUACACGAAAAUAUUGAGUCAGUUUGUCCGUGGGCCUGAAAUAACAAGCAAAGAAACUUGGUAGCAGUGAUUGUGAUACUCGUAUACUGAACAUCAGAAAAGCGAAUCGCGUUGUACGAACAACUUGGUGGGUGUUUAUCGCAAUAGUGGAAUGUACUUUUUGAAAUAUCAUCGUUCAUGGAAAUGUUUGAUACAGAUCUUUACUGCAUUUAUAGUGUUUCGAUAGUGAAAAUUAUCAACGCUAUGUGAAAAUGUUUUCGUCUCUUGUAUGUUUUAUAAAGUAUCGCAUUCUUAUUUCAUUCCACAUUUAACAUUAUGCAAAAUUUAAAAAUGAAGUACUGUAUUAGUGUGUAUAUGUGUGUUUGUGUUAUUAUUAGUGAAGGAUGGACGGCAGAAAUAACGAGAAAAAACAGAACUGACAGUCGUGGGCAUGUCUUUAACGUGGACUGUCCCGACUUUGGUGAAGUGGACCACGGUGUGGUAACACGAAUUGAUGCAAAUAUUCCUGCUCUUCGAAUAGAGUGCGAUGAUGGUUACGACCUCAUUGGCCGGCCUAAAAUUCUGUGUCAAAGUGGUCAGUGGGAAAAUAUUCCCCGACCACAAUGCGCCAAGCGUUGCAACCCACCUCCAUUCAUACGCUAUGGAGAAGUGAGAAUUGACAGCCGUACAGAAGAGAGCACUUUCUUCCGCAAGGGCUCUCUGGUGACUUACAGCUGUGCCGCGGGCUUCUCCCUGGUGCCUCCCAACAGUCGCAUUCGCGAGUGCAGGGAUGGGCUAUGGACGGGGAUUCAAGGAACUUGUGUGUCGGACGGGUGCCCGUGGCCGGCCAACAUCACCAACGGCUACUUCGUGCUGGAGGCGCCGGCGGGCGCCGCGGGCGGCGGGGGCGGGCCGGGGUCGUCGCUGGCGCGCGUGGGCCAGCGCGCGCACUACAACUGCAACCUGGGCUUCGCGCUGUGGGGGGAGCCCACGCAGCAGUGCGUCGACUCGGGCGAGUGGUCGCGCGCCGCCAGCCGGCCUGCCGCCGCCCCCCGCCCGCGCCUCCCCGCGCGCCCACGCGCCCCGCAGCCGCCGCUACUCAGGACGAGGACGACGACGACGCGGCCGUCGCCGCCGCGCUGCCGCCGCCGCCCGCGCCGCGCGCCGACGACCCCAACGCAG